UGCAUAUCUUUUUUAUUAUUAUUAUUUUACUACGGAUAUGCAUUUAGUGCGCAAUGCACAAGUGCGUGUGUGUUUUUGCAUCUCAGGAAGGAUGAAGCUGAUCCUACAGGAACAAAAGCGUGAACCUGUCUCAUGCAUCGCGGAUACGAGAACUUCACAGCGCGCGCAGCGCUAUCACCCCCUUUAAUAUGAGGAUAAAAAAGCCGAAAUAACGUUCAUGCUGUAUGUCCUUGGACUGAAUGAAGGAACCAAGUUUAAUAUGGGCCAAACAGAUACAGCCAACGAAAUGGAAGACAUGGUCCAUGAUGGCGAUGAAGAGACCAUCUGGCACGAAGGCAUCUUGGUCAAUGACAGCAAUCCUUACAAACCCACCUUUGUGGAUGACAUCACCAAGCACCUGAGUGUUCAGAUUUCUCUUAUAUUAGCAUACUCGCUAAUAAUCCUACUAGGAUUUUUGGGCAACACCUUGGUCAUUUACAUGAUCAUUCUGUACAGAAACAUGCGUACGGUCACCAACUACUUCAUUGCUAAUCUCGCUUUGGCCGACUUAAUGGUGGACACAGUGUGCUUGCCUUUCACGCUUGUAUACACAUUGUGGGACGAAUGGAAGUUUGGUGCCAUAAUGUGUCAUAUGGUGCCUUACAGCCAAGCUCUGAGCAUCCACGUGUCCAUUCUUACUCUAACCGUCAUUGCUCUAGAGCGCUAUAGGUGUAUCGUCUUCCAUCUUGGCCAACGCCUCAACAGAUGCACUAGUUUUAUCAUCAUCGGCCUGAUUUGGACAUUCGCUGCCGUACUAGCCAGCCCAUUGGCUAUUUUCCGGGAAUAUCGCUACGAGGAGAUCCCAUACAUUGACUUACGGAUCGCAGUUUGCUCCGAGAAAUGGCCCAAUGGAACCAAUCGUGAUGCAGUCAUCUAUAGUCUAUCAAUGCUUCUAUUGCAGUACAUGGUACCAUUGGCGAUCAUCAGCUAUGCUUAUGUGUGUAUCUGGAUUAAACUGAAGAACCACGUCAGCCCUUCCAACCGCAAUGAUGGUAUCAUGCGUCGCAAAAAGACCACAAAGAUGUUGGUGCUGGUAGUCGUGGUCUUUGCUGUCUGCUGGCUUCCCUUUCACGUGUUUCAGCUGGCUAGUGAUCUCGACUUGGUUCUGAAGUUCAAAGAGUACAAACUCAUCUAUACCUUUUUUCACAUCGUGGCAAUGUGCUCAACCUUUGUCAAUCCGUUGCUGUAUGGUUGGAUGAACCAGAACUACAGGAAUGGUUUUCUCAUGUUCUUCCGCUGUGAACACAAACCAGACAGUAUCUAUCCUGAUGGGUCCUUCAGAACUCGAUCGUUGCGAGGGAUGAUUGUGAAUGGGCACAAUGAUGGUCAACCUGCAACUGCAGUCUGAUCACAAAGACUAGGGCUGUGUUGAGAAUAGCUACUACUUUGACUAAUUCUGCUGUGAAUAUUAUGUAUACUUUGCAUAGUAUGCAAAUUUUCUAUAUACUGAUGACCCAGAUGACCUAUUACAGGGCAGUAUACACAGGGUUGGGAGUGUUACUUUUGAAAUGUAUUCCACUACAGAUUACAGAGUACAUGCUGUAAAAUGUCAUUUGUAACGUAUUCCAUUAGAUUACUCAAGGUCAGUAACGUAUUCUAAAUACU